AUGAAGCCCGCCACCUGGCUCGUCAUCCUCGCGCCAGCCGCCGCCCUGGCGGAUUCCCAACCCGCCCUCGACCGCACCGCCGAUCUCGCGCAUAUUUCCCCGGCCGAGUCAAUACCGGCCCUGGCACCGCGGGAUUCCCUGCCCAUACCUGAAGCCGCGGAGUCAAAUCCCGUCGACGAGACGCCAGGCGCGCGCGGCGCGCGGCAGGUGCUCCAGGCACGCAGUGAAGGCACACUUGGCCAGACGCCGUGGAUCGGGAUGGCCAUUGGGUUGACCUGCACGGCGCUGGCGGCGGUGAUGCUGGGGUGA